GUCCUUUAUCCGAGUGCCGGCUCUCCUCACUCCCCGCCACAGGUAGGGGAAACCAGGCCUGAGCCGGCGGGCCCCACCGCCCAGAACCGGGAACUCGGCGGGCCACGCCCCUGCCACCCCAGCGCCCGCCGCUGGGUAACAAACACUUCCACUUCCUGGGCGCACUGUCUUCGCCCGCUGCGGGGCGCAGUGCCGAGCACAGGACCCGCCCCGCGCGUUCCCAUUGGCCGGCGCCGUUCACCGGACGGAGCGCCCCGGCCCGCAGCCCCCUAUUGGCCCGCGGAGGUCCCCACCCUCAGCGCGGCCCCGCCCCCGGGGUAAGGAGCUGGGGCGGGCUCUGGGACGCUCAGACGCCGCGCGGGGCGGGGAUUGGUUCGAGCAGUUCUCUCCGCUCCUCGCGGCCCGCGGCUGCCGGAGGUUCCUGGGACACCUGCUCGCUUAGCCCGUCCGGCGGCUCAGGGCUUCCCCGCUGCGCUCCUGGUUCGCUGGACGGGAAGAAGGGCUGGGCUGUCCCAUCCCCAUCGGAACCCCAAGUCGCGCCGCUGACCCGUCGCAGGGCGAGAUGAGCGCGGACGCGGCGGCCGGGGCGCCCCUGCCCCGGCUCUGCUGCCUGGAGAAGGGUCCGAACGGCUACGGCUUCCAUUUGCACGGGGAGAAGGGCAAGUUGGGCCAGUACAUCCGGCUGGUGGAGCCCGGCUCGCCGGCCGAGAAGGCGGGGCUGCUGGCGGGGGACCGGCUGGUGGAGGUGAACGGCGAAAAUGUGGAGAAGGAGACCCACCAGCAGGUGGUGAGCCGCAUCCGCGCCGCACUCAACGCCGUGCGCCUGCUGGUGGUGGACCCCGAGACGGACGAGCAGCUGCAGAAGCUUGGCGUCCAGGUCCGAGAGGAGCUGCUGCGCGCCCAGGAAACGCCGGGGCAGGCCGAGCCGCCGGCCGCCGCCGAGGCGCAGGUGGCUGGCAAUGAAAAUGAGCCUCGCGAGGCCGACAAGAGCCACCCGGAGCAGCACAAGCUUCGGCCUCGGCUCUGUACCAUGAAGAAGGGCCCCAGUGGCUUUGGCUUCAACCUGCACAGCGACAAGUCCAAGCCAGGCCAGUUCAUCCGGUCAGUGGACCCAGACUCCCCAGCUGAAGCUUCAGGUCUCCGGGCCCAGGAUCGCAUUGUGGAGGUGAAUGGGGUCUGCAUGGAGGGGAAGCAGCAUGGGGACGUGGUGUCCGCCAUCAGGGCUGGCGGGGACGAGACCAAGCUGCUUGUGGUGGACAGGGAAACUGACGAGUUCUUCAAGAAAUGCAAAGUGACCCCAUCUCAGGAGCACCUGAAUGGUCCCCUGCCUGAGCCCUUCACCAAUGGUGAGAUACAGAAGGAGAACAGUCGUGAAGCCUUGGCAGAGGCAGCCUCAGAGAGCCCCAGGCCAGCCCUGGUGAGAUCCGCCUCCAGUGACACCAGCGAGGAGCUGAAUUCCCAAGACAGCCCCCCAAAACAGGACUCCACAGCGCCCUCGUCUACCUCCUCCUCCGACCCCAUCCUGGACUUCAACAUCUCCCUGGCCAUGGCCAAAGAGAGGGCCCACCAGAAGCGCAGCAGCAAACGGGCCCCGCAGAUGGACUGGAGCAAGAAAAACGAACUCUUCAGCAACCUCUGAGCGCCCUGCUGCCAGCCACCCGGUGACUGGCAGGGCCGAGCCAGCCUUCCACCCCACCUUUUUCCUUCUCCCCAGUUACUCCCCUGAAUCAACGUACAAAUCAGCACCCACAUCCCCUUUCUUGACAAAUGAUUUUUCUAGAGAACUAUGUUCUUCCCUUACCUUAGGGAAGAUGAAUGUGUUACCGUCAUCCUGCAAUUAGAAAGGAGACUGCCUCCCUCCUCCUGAGUGCCUCAUCCUACCGGGUGUCCCUUUGCCACUCAGCCUGGGAUAUCGCUGGGACCUGCACCAUGCCAGGAUCGUGGGACCAGGCGAGAGGGCACCUUUCCUUCCUCCCCCGUUUGAUAAAUUGGGUCCAGGGCUGAUCACUGACUGCAGAACUGCCGCUCUCAGUGGACAGGGCAUCCGUUAUCCCAAGAGCUGUGGCAGACACAUCUUGCUUUCAUUUGAUUUUUGUUGUUAAGAGUGCAGUAUUGCAGAGUCUAGAGGAAUUUUUGUUUCCUUGAUUAACAUGAUUUUCCUGGUUGUUGCAUCCAGGGCAUGGCAGUGGCCUCAGCCUUAAACUUUUGUUCCUACUCCCACCCUCAGAGAACUGGGCAGCAGGGGAGGGUUUGGCUACCCCUGCCCAUCCCUGAGCCAGGUACCACCAUUGUAAGGAAACACUUCAGAAAUUCAGCUGGUUCCUCCAAA